AUUAAUAAUAAAUGCAUUAAUAAGUCAUACAAAUAGGCAAUUGUUAUUGCAACAAUAGUCGCACAACGGUUAUCUUACGUCGAAACAAGAUUAACAAUCGAAUAAAGCCCAUUUUAAAUCGAAUUGAUAUAAUUUUUCUUUUCUUUAUAUUGUCCCGAUUACAACUACAAAUAAAAGUGUACAAAGUGUGAGAGCAAAAUACACGGAUAAAGAAAAACGCAUUAAGAAACGGCGGCGCGCAAGGAUUAUUGGAUUUUACAUUUACACAAACUUAGACGAAGUUAUCCCAAUCAGUAGGAGCAGGAGGAAUAAGUCAUUAAAUCACACAACAAAAUGGGUGCAAGGGAAGACGAAUAUGAUUAUCUUUUCAAAGUUGUGCUGAUCGGUGACUCUGGCGUUGGCAAAAGUAAUUUACUGUCACGUUUUACGCGUAAUGAAUUCAAUUUGGAGUCCAAGUCAACAAUUGGUGUGGAGUUCGCCACACGGAGCAUAGAGGUUGAUGGUAAAACAAUCAAGGCGCAAAUUUGGGAUACAGCCGGACAGGAGCGCUACCGAGCGAUCACCUCUGCAUAUUAUCGUGGUGCUGUUGGGGCUCUGCUCGUUUACGAUAUUGCCAAGCAUUUGACAUACGAGAAUGUUGAGCGGUGGUUGCGGGAACUACGCGAUCAUGCUGAUCAGAAUAUUGUAAUAAUGCUGGUUGGCAAUAAAUCUGAUUUGCGGCACUUGCGCUCCGUGCCGACGGAUGAAGCGAAACUGUUUGCGGAGCGCAACGGUUUAAGUUUCAUAGAAACAUCGGCCUUGGACUCGACGAACGUUGAAACCGCAUUCCAAAAUAUACUCACAGAGAUCUAUCGCAUUGUGUCGCAAAAACAAAUUAGAGAUCCUCCGGAAGGUGAUGUUAUUCGUCCCUCAAAUGUGGAGCCCAUCGAUGUAAAGCCCACUGUUACAGCUGAUGUUCGUAAGCAGUGCUGUCAGUGACCGCCCCAACGAUUCACUGCGGCAGGAGCAACAACUGCCGUCUGUAACAGCCAGAACAGCAAUAGCAAGAGCAAGAGUAACAACAAUUACAACUAUUACAAUGGCAUAAGAUGUUAUUUUUUAAACCACAGCCACAAGCAGUUUGUCAUAUAUGCAUAAAAAAUAUACCAACAACAAAACAAAA